UUAUCCUUGUCAGGGAGACAAAGGAGGCUCACAUUACGUCUGUCACUUUUCUCAUUUCUUCCUUUUUGGAUUGUUUAUUUGUGUCAAACUGUUUCUAUGGUGUUAUUUUAAUAAACUGCUGCCAGUGGGAUUUAGACUGACAGACUUUCUGUGGCCAUGUAACUCAACUGAGGGAUUAUAAUCUGACCGUAAACAGAGACGACAACGGUCAUGACCAAAGUAACUCCACUAGCCAGUCCUCCAACUAUAGUCCUGCCUGACAGUGAGGGUGGUUUGGGGCUCGGCCUUGCCGCUGAUCAAGUGGAUCUGAAAACAGAAACAAGAGUUUUCAACGUCAACAACAGCAACAACAACGAUGAUGAGAAAGAAGAGACAAAGAAGAAAAAGAAGGAGAGAAAAAAAGCUAAGGAGAAGAAGUUGAAGGAGAAACAAGAGAAGAAGGAACUGAAGGAGAGAAGGAAAAGGGAGAAAGAGGAGAAAGAAAAGGAGAAGGAAAAGGAAGCAGUUCCAAAAGAGAUCAGAGUUAUCGAUCCUGCUGGGAACACCUACUACCAUUGGCUCUUUGUGAUAACCAUCCCAGUCAUGUACAACUGGACUUUGAUAAUUGCCAGAGCGUGCUUCGAGGAGCUGCAGACCGACUAUUUGGUGCUCUGGUUCCUGCUGGACUUGGUCAGCGACUUGGUCUACCUUGGCGAUAUGGUCUUUCGGACAAGAACUGGAUACCUGGAGCAGGGUCUGCUCGUGAAGGAUGAGCAGAAACUGCGGGAUCGCUACAUGAACAGCUUACAGUUCAAACUGGACCUGAUCUCCAUGAUUCCCACGGAUGUGCUAUAUGUGGUGUUCGGCCUCACCUACCCUGAGAUUCGCCUCAAUAAACUUUUUCGGUUCAACAGGAUGCUGGAAUUCUUCCAGAGAACUGAGACCAGAACUAACUACCCGAAUGCUCUAAGAAUUUCCAACCUGGUCAUGUACAUCGUCAUCAUCAUCCACUGGAACGCCUGUCUAUACUAUUCCUUCUCCAAGGCCAUUGGGUUUGGCGCGGACAGGUUUGUGUAUCCAGAUCCUUCCGAUCCUGAGUUUGGUCGUCUUGUCAGGAAGUACGCCUACAGCAUGUACUGGUCCACCUUGACGCUGACCACCAUUGGAGAGACUCCACCUCCUGUGGAAAACUCGGAAUACUUCUUUGUUGUCACAGACUUUUUGGUGGGUGUGCUGAUAUUUGCUACCAUCGUUGGUAACGUGGGCUCCAUGAUCACCAACAUGAACGCUGCCAGGGCAGACUUUCAGGCCCGCAUUGAUGCCAUCAAGCAGUACAUGAGCUUCAGGAAGGUGACCAAAGAUCUGGAGAAGCGUGUGAUCAAGUGGUUCGAUUUUCUGUGGACCAACAAGAAAGCUGUGGAUGAGCGGGAGGUGCUCAAGUAUCUGCCUGAUAAACUGAGGGCUGAAAUUGCGAUCAAUGUUCACCUGGACACCCUGAAGAAGGUGCGCAUCUUUGCAGACUGCGAGGCCGGUCUGCUGGUGGAACUGGUGCUGAAGCUGCAGCCACAGGUCUACAGUCCUGGAGACUACAUCUGCAAGAAGGGUGACAUUGGCCGUGAGAUGUACAUCAUCAAAGAGGGGAAACUUGCUGUAGUUGCAGAUGACGGAAUCAAACAAUUUGUAGUAUUAAGUGAUGGAAGCUACUUCGGGGAGAUUAGCAUCUUGGCAAUCAAAGGCAGCAAAGCAGGAAACAGAAGGACGGCCAACAUCAGGAGCAUUGGUUACUCCGAUCUCUUCUGCCUGUCCAAAGAUGACUUGAUGGAAGCUCUAACAGAGUAUCCCGAUGCUAAAGCCUUGCUCGAGGAGAAAGGGAGGCAAAUUCUCAUGAAGGACGGACUGCUGGACUUGGAGGUGGCAGCACAAGGCCCAGACCCCAAAGAGAUCGAGGAGAAGGUGGAUCGAAUGACGAGCACUCUAGAUGUUCUACAGACCCGAUACGCCCGUUUGCUGGCAGAGCAUGAAGCCACACACAGUAAACUCAAACAUCGUGUGACCCGACUGGAAAAAAAGCUGCCUGUACCACCUGAUCAACCCGGUGAUGCCCCUCCCCCUCCCACACCUGAGAUACAACCCACCAAAGAAGAAGAGAAAAAGUAGUACUGCAAAAAAGUUUUGCAGUAGAGUUUAAAUUAAAUCCAUCAACCUAGGUUUGGCUUACAAAGUAGAGUGGAUAUGAUAUUUACAUGACAUAUGACAGUGGUUUCCCCAGGCUUUGUUGUAAUGGGAUAGUUUGGACGCUGGAGAGAGUCCAUUGUUGUGUGAGUGAAAGAAGUUAGUUAAGAAAACGUUACAACUGCUUGUUUGUUUUUUACAAGACAAUGUUGCUCAGAGAGACAUGUCAUCCAUAUUAGUAUACCAUGACCAUGCUUUGCUGCUUAUCAGUCCCUCAAUAAACUGAUUUUG